AUGAACCAGCUCAAGAAGAACGGCGAUUUCCUACUAAGACUUGCACACGGCGACAGUGGAAAAUCCUCUACUGUCUACGUUUCCGUUAAAUGGGAUGUACUGUGUGAAUUUCCCAUAAAUAGCAAAGGAUCUCACGCUGCACGAAAGUUUUCUAUAGAUGGAAAAAAUGAAUUUCCUCUCAUCAUGGAGGUGGUAAGGUAUCAUCACACCAAUAGCGUCCCUGUCAGCAGGGACAUCUUGCUGAAAACUCCAAUAUCAAAGGAACGAUGGGAACUAACUAAAGACAAAGUAACACUUGAUACAAAAAUUGGCGAAGGUGCUUUCGGAGAAGUUUGGAAGGGCACUCUCAAGGAAGACCCAUCAAAGCCACCUAUUGAUGUCGCUGUUAAAGUG